UCUGGGUGAACUGUCCCUUUUUAAAUGAAAUAAUGUUAAUCUAGUCUACUUAGCAAAUCCAUUACCGGUCAAAAGUUUUAGAACACUUACUUAUUUUUUUUCCACAUUUUAGUAAAAACAGUAGGCUCAAAACUGUGCAAUAACACAGUAAGGGAUAAUGUACAGGCAGAAGUUGUGUCACACUGAAGGGGCUUUUAUUACACGGCUACUUGCCACAUGAGAAAAAAACUGGACAUGAAAUGUGAAUUAGAAAUAUUUUAAUAGCUAAUUUUUACCGAAUGCAGACCUUCCGCGAGGAAAAGCAGUUUACUUUCGGUUUUAAGAUAAGAAACGACGUUCAAAUGUCACGAACAAGCAAUUUGGUUUAAUCAUUUGUAAAUAUAAUGUCAUAUACUGUAUGUUAUUAAAAGACAUUUUUAUAUUUAAUUUGUCAAAAAAACUGUCAAAAUGAUUUGCUGCAUCCGGGUUACUGGGUGUUAUUAUUUUUGAGAGGUUGUUAUCUAGGAAUAACAAAUCUGCAAAUGUCGCGACUGGCCAAUCAGAAUAAAGCAUUCCAACGAGCCGUGUAAUAAUUAGAAUUAUGUGGUAACAAAAACUUGUUAUACUUGAGCAUCUUCAGUGUAGUCACAUUUUGCCUAGAAUUUGCAGAAAUGUUCUCUUGGCAUUUUAUCAAGCAGCUUCUUGGGGUUUCACCCUGAGAUGCUUUUAAAACAAUAUUUUAGUAUUUCCCAUCUAUUCUGUGCUCUUAUUGACUGUUAUUUUUCAUUAUUUAGUCAAAGUCACCCAUUUCAAAGACAUUUGUGCCAAAUAAAAAUUUUGUUUGUAAUGAGAAACAGUUUAUAUUUCAACAAUUACAUUUCUGUCUUUGACAUCUAAGCAUACAUCCUCAGAUCAAAACCUUUUAAGAAAUGUGAAACAUUUCACUCAAGUGUUCUAAAACUCAAGUGUAUAUCAAGAGCACCAGGCUUUGCGAAAAAAGAAAAAAUGCAAGUGGGCAAGAGUCCAAAUGAACACCCAGAACAUGGAAAAUCCCUCGUUCUAGUGCCAAAAAUCCACGGUGGAAAAAAUGUAACCCACCCGAGCCAAAGCGCUGCUGAGGUAGAGAGGGUAUUGAAGACAAAUAAUCUUUAUAGUCUUAUUAAAACCAAGACAGACGUUCUGAACUACUGUCAUCGCCAUUUGACGAGUCAAUGAAAGCAGUUAAUACAGAGCAUUUAAAAUAAGCAAAAACAAAUUAAAUGUUGGAUCAAAAAGAGACAAAUCCAGUCGUUGAGUUAAAUGAACCCAUACAAUAUUUGACCCAACAGUGGAUUAAAACAACCCAACAUUUUAAGUCAAAACAGCCCAGCACAGGUUCAUUUACAACCCAGCAGUUCAUUUUGAUUUGUUCUGCACUACAAUGAUCAUUUGCAAUUUAUUUAAACACAGACUGUUAUGAUUGUUACAUACAAGCCACUCAUUUCCCACCACUAUUUGAUAUCCAUGACCACCCCGUGCUAUCUUUAGCGUGCUGCUAUUUUCAGCACUGCCGAAUCUGUGACGCGACUGCACUGCUUGCACCAUUUACAGGUCAAGCCUAAACAGAAACACUGGACAACCUGAACGCUGUCUAUCCUUAUGAUUUGCAAACAAGCAUUUUGCACACACAAAGGGAGGACAGAGGUGUUAUGGGACCGAGCAGAGACAACGUGACCCACUUUGAGGAUUCUCCACAAGGUGGUGAAGAGUCUGGAGUUCUGAGAGUGCGGGUAGAAGAGACUGUUUUCACCGUAGACAGGGCCGUCCUGGGGCAGAAUUGCGAGUAUUUUCGCGCUCUCUUCCGCUCUGGGAUGAGGGACAGCCGGCAGAAUGAGUUCCACAUACAAGGAGGUCUAAAAGCGAGGGGUUUUCUCAUGGCUAUGGCUGUUUCUAGAGGUGAGCAUCCUGCUAUCCAGGAUCCGGAUGAGAUUGUGGAAGCCGCCGAGUGUGCAGCCUUCCUACAAGUGGACGUGUUGGUGCAGCACCUGAUAGAAAUCAUUGACACUGACAAUUGCAUUCUUCUGUAUCAUACAGCGGCGGUGUACGGCUUGUGGAAGUUGUUUCACAGCGCUGCUGUGUUUAUCUGUGAUGCAUAUCCUGACCUGCAGGAUGCAGUUGAGGCGCUUCCAGUAGAGAUGAUUCGCCACGUUGAGUCUCUUUCGCCAGCAUCCUUCGUCGCUCUUGGAACUCAUUCGCCCUCUAUGAAGAUGCUUCAGGACUCCUACAGGACUGUUUUCUAUCUUGAUGAGAAACCGGGGGCUUGGAAGUACCUGACUGAUCUACCGAUAGAUGCCAGCACGUCUAUGGCUGGCGUGGCUGUUGUGGACAAUCGGUUGUAUAUAGUCGGUGGCGUUCGUGGAGUUAGCAAAGAGACCGUAGACUGCAGUUUCUGUUAUGACACAGAAACCAACACUUGGAGUGAGUUUCAUGGUCCUCAGCAGUCGAGGUAUAACUUUACCCUGGUGGGCCACAACGGACACCUUUACACCAUCGGAGGCGAGUACGAUAAAAGGAUCAUGUCCUCAGUAGAAGUCUGUGACAUUUCCACACGCGCAUGGACGUUUUGCAAGCACGCGCCUCGUUCUGUGGCUGCGGCGGCGAGCGCCGUUGCCAGACGUAGAAUAUUUGUGUGUUUUUGGAAGCCUCCGGACACUACAGAUAUCUAUGAAUACACACCGGUUAAAGAUGAAUGGACGCUGACCACCACUAUGAUCAAGCCGCAGAGUUACGGUCACUGCAUGGUGGCUCACGGUGACAACUUGUACGUCAUGAGGAACGGCCCAUGUGAUGACUUCCUGCGCUGCCUCAUGGACUGCUACAAUACCACUACGGGCCAAUGGACGGCCAUGCCGGGACACUAUGUGAACAGCAGGGGAGCCCUCUUCACGGCUAUGGUGAGGGGGGACUCGGCCUUCACGGUUAACCGCAAUUUGACCCUGGAAUAUCACAUUUGCAGUGAUCAGUGGAAGCCACGGAGGCAGAUGACGGGAUUUCCAAAAAGUGGCUCACUUUGGACAUGUUUACUCAGACUGCCUAAAAGCAGAGAUACACGGCAGGACAAUGACGCUGAGGAGACGGAUGCUAAUGGGGAAAUAGUGGAAGAUAUUGUAGAGGCUGAACAUCCACCUUAAAGAAACAUUUUGAAUAAAUAGUAAUGUAUAGUUUGCCUAAAAAAAUCAAUUCUGUUUAAUGCCCUCAUGUUGUUCUAAAACCUGCAAGACUUAAAAAUCUUCUUUAACAUAAAAAGAGCAAUGCUGAAGAAUGUACUUGCAAUACUAGUAUGUACUACAACAAUAUGCAUAGUAGGGGGGUGGUAUAACCAAAACCAGUAAUUAUAUUUUCAAGGUAUAGUUAUAUAAAAACCUGAACCAUGUCCACACCACAGAUGUUGCACCAAAAAUAAUUUAAUGUACAAUUUAAAUUAGUGGAAAAUGUUUUUUUUGUAUUCAUAUACAGUAUAUUAUUAUUUUUUAAAGAUAUAUUUUUGCAGUUUUUUUGCCUUUAUUUAGAAUGACAGGAAGCAAGGUGGGAGAGAGAAGGGGGGCAGGAUCGGGAGAUAGUACAGUGGGGAAGAGGACAGGAAACAAAGUGGGAGAGAGAAGGGGGGCGGGAUUGAGAAAGGACCAUGAGCCAGGAUUCAAACACGGGUCGUCUGGAGCGCAACUGUGCGACAUGUCGGAGCACUUGCCCACGAGGCAAUCGACUCUGACAGUUUUCCUCUAUUUUUAAUUCAUUUAUAUUUUUCGCUUUCUGUUUUUGCAUACUUCGGUUUCGGACAUACUGUUCAUAAUGCAUACUGUUUUCACUAUAUAGCAUGGAAGUUGAAAGGAGGGCGAGGGCUUGUUUCUUCAUCACGCUCACAUGCAAAGUCUCACUCAGCCUAACAUGAGUUAGCCACGCCCACUUAUUUACAUAUCACCGUCUAUGGGAAGUUGACAAAAAAAGGUGUAAAUGUGUCCUAUAGUGUGCAAAAAUUUGGGGAAAAAACUAGCAUAAUAGAGAUUUAGCUUUGUUGUUAUUUUAUAUUAUAAAAAUAAAUAAUAUAACAUGAUAUAAUAUUAACAGCUUGUUUUCAAAAUUUUUGCUGUCACACCAUAGGACACAUGUACGUUAUAUGUGUCAACUACGCACAAAAUUCCAUCGCAACAGAAUAUACACUCUACACCAUUUUAACCCAACAUUGGGUCAAAAAGGGACUAAAAAUGAAACUCACAAAAUGUUUAUAUUUGACCCAACAAUGGGUUAGAACAGCACAGCAUUUUGUGUUGAAACAACCCAGCAUAGGUUCAUUUACAAGUAUCUUCACGUGUAUCUUCAUACCACCAGCCCAAUUAAAUGCGGUAUAUUCUUCAACAUUUUUUUUGUGUGUGUUUUACAGAAGAAAGUCACAUGAGUCAAUAACAACAUGAGAUUUAAAUAAUGACAGAAUUUUCAUUUAUCAUUUCAAUAAAUUAUUAAAAGGCACAAACUCAUCUAAUGUCCUGAGUAGGAAACGCCACUAGACGUCUCUUUCCUCACCAUGGAAAUGAGAAGAACAUAAUAAAUAAGCAGGUGUGAACACGUCUUUCCUCAUUCUCAUACACGCUUGUGCACGCGCACACGUGUUCCUGCUCAAAACCGCGCGGUUCUCCGGCCUCUAUAAACAGCUCCCCGAUCGCUUGAGCAGCUGCUGUUAAUCAGACCCAGCACCCUGCAGAAGGGUCUGAAGUUCAAAGUCUUCUCACUGGAGAGCUCUAAUACCCUCCAUCCUGCUGUCUGUCUGACUGACUGCCGCCUCCCAAUGCACCCUGGGAUUGAUACAGGAGCUACAAAGCAUUUUGACACACAAACACCAUAUAGCAUGACUUCUCUUUCAUUUCUAUCAUUUGAUAAGUUAUAGAAGUUGCGGUGCGGUUUCCAACGGAAGAAUCGGUAAUAAACCUGCAGGGCUUGUUGUUUGUCUUGUUUGUGGUUUUUGAAGAAGAACAAACAUUUUUGGAGCGUGAGAAACAGAUACAGAACAGAUUUGUAGUCAGCGCAAAAGCAUAAUUCAAAGUAAGUGAUAACAGCUGAUAACAGCAGAACCACAAUGUGUUGCAUUGUAGUUAGAAAGAUCUAGAAGAAGAAAUGAAGCAUUACUUAUUUAUUGUCACGAGCAACGAGGGAUCAGUGUUUGUUAUGUUUACAUCUUUACGAUGUAAAUGAUGUUGAU